AUGGCAUCAGACGGGAUCAGCUGCCCGAGCAGGUGUAGCUGUCAGUACCUGGAGGUGAACUGCACCGGGCAGCAGUUGCAGGAGUUCCCUGUGGACAUCCCUCUGGACACCAGGCAGCUGAUUCUGGCAGCAAACAACGUCUCGUACCUGCCAGCAGUGGAAUUGAGCUUCCUGGCUGAUUUGGUCUAUCUGGACUGCAGAAAGAACCUCUUGGGUGAUGACCUGUAUUUCACUUUCAUUGGCGUGGCCAAGCUUGUCUAUCUGGACCUCAGCUUCAACAACCUCACACAGGUCACCUUCAGCACCUUCUCCCACCUCCUCAGCCUGGUGGUGCUGAAGAUCUCGGACAAUCCCAACCUUGUGGCCAUCGAGAAGGAUGCUUUUGCCAACAACACCUGGCUAAGGCACCUGGAUGUGAGCCGGACAGGUUUAACCUUCCUGGACACCAGCACCGUCCAGGACUUGCCCAACCUGAGGCUUCUGGGGCUCAGUGACAACCUGUGGCACUGCAACUGUUCCUUUUUGGACUUCAUCACCUGGAUGAUGGAGAGCGAGGUGCAUUUUCCAGAUGCUGACAACAUCACCUGCUACACCCCAGCAGGCCUGCGUGCCCUGAGGAUGCCAGCAGCAGAGGCACAGCUCCACUUCAGCUGCCUGACGCAGCUGUACAAGCAGGAUUAUGUCUUUCUGUGCCUCGUUGGCUUCUGCAUAUUCCUUGCUGGCACCAUGGCAGCCUGGCUGGCCGGCGUCUGCGCUGUCAUCUACGAGGCCCGUGCCUCAAAGGGAGAGGAAGAGGAGGAGGAGGAGGAAGAUACAGCCACUUAG